AUGAAGGCAAAGAGGUUACCACCUUACCCGAAAGCGAUGACUUCUUGGUUGGACAAGGAAAAUAAAGUGGUUGUCUCUUGUAUUAGAGACGGAGAUGAUCGUGAUUACGUUUACAUUCUAGGAGGAGAACGUUUGCAUAGACAAGCCAUUGCUCCUGAGUUAUGUUCCAAGUUUGAGUCACAUCCCCAAGGCAAAAAGAGAAGAAGAUACCUUGAGAUGGAUAAUUAA